AUGGCUGAAUCAUUCAACCAAAUUUUCAACUGCAUCAAGUGCAGCUACACGAUAGACGUUCAGAACAGGGCUAACAAAUCCUUAGGAAUAGUAGAAAAUCAACCAAUUGACAUUCAUCGCAUUAAUGAGGCGAUGGCAAAUCUGCAUCCUUUGAAAGACCACGAGGAUUGCGAGCUUUCGGUGCAAGAGGAUGUUGUCCGCCUCAUUCGCGUCAUUGCCAUUAUAAUGGGAAAUCAGGUUGACACACUACAUUCACCAAAACCACCAAGACAAAACGAACACGUGCAUGGGUGGUUUGGCCGUGAUGAUUGUGAAAUAAAUAACGAAAAUUUGACACAAUUUAUUGGAGAGAAAAAGGAAGGAAAAGAGAAAAGGACAGUUGACCUCAAGGAAAUCCACAAUAGCCUGAGACGAACAGGACCAAAGACUCCAGAAGAAUUUUUCGCAAACUUAAUGACCAUGCUUCUUGUGCAGGUGAGACCUUCCUGA